CAGUGGCACCCCAGCUUCCUGCCUCCUGUUGCUCUCUCCUUUGCCUGUCUGCCUGACUCAGAAGUGAGGACUCACAGGGCAGCAGCUUCAGCAGUACUAGGGGCUCCAAGACACCUCAUCUUAUCCUCUGCCCUGUGGUUGGUCUCUGGAGGUGUACGACAAAGAUGUCCUGGAGACAAGUCAUCCUCCUAUCAUCGCUCUUGGCCAUGGUGCUCCUGUGUAUGCUACAAGAGGGGACCAGUGCUUCCGUGGGGAGCAGACCGGCAGCCGGAGAAGAGGCACCAGAAGGUGUGAAAGAGAAGAUUUUCAUGCAAGAAUCUGAUGCCUCGAAUUUCCUCAAGAGGCGUGGCAAGAGGUCUCCCAAAUCCCAAGACGAAGUCAAUGCGGAAAACACACAGAAGCUGCGGGAUGAUGAGCUGCGGAGAGAGUAUUAUGAGGAACAAAGGAAUGAGUUGGAGAACUUCGCGGAGGAACAAAGAGAUGUGGCUCAAAAUAGGAGUUCUGUGCCUCGGCCUCGGCCUGAGGAGGAAACCCACAGGAGUAACUGCACCAAGUCCAACCAGCUCAGAAGAGUCCAACAGAAAUGCCAGUGAUUUAGUUCAAUAACCACCAAAACAGAACUGGAGACCGACAAAGUGUCAGAACCCUUCCCAGAGUAAACCAACUGCAAGCCAAAGAUCAUAAUACAUAGAGAAGAGUCCUUCAACUAGGGGACAACAGGAUAAAAACAUCUACAGGCAUUUGGUUUCUAAGACUAGCACUGUCACUACGCAGACUGCUCCAGUAGACUCCACCGAGGAAGUGCACAUGGCCCCAUGAGUGACCCUCCACCUGCUGGGAACCAGUCUCUACAAGUGCUCAGGGCACAAGAAGAGCCCAAGCCAUUAGAACAGGAGGGAUGAGGGCAGGGAGGUGUUUCUGAAGAGUGAUGGCACAGCUGUGGAGUUGGGGUAGCUGCACAGGACCUUUGGGGAACACACAGGGAGUUCAGCCUGGGGUCUUUGGGGCCGGCUUUGCCUGCUUUCUGAGUUCUAGCCCAGUGGGAAGACUUUUACAACUUCGUUGUUAGGUAUUAAUCAAUUAGAAGAACGGAUAAUUAGGAGUAGCAGGGCACUCCCCAGGGGACAUUCUGAGAAUCUGUUAUCGAAAUGACGGCUACCUUGACCUAGCAGGUACCAGGGUGCUAUUUUUUUCUGCACUCCCCAUAUGACACAGGAACAUUCCUUGUCCUACACAGACACGGCAUGCUCUAGGGGACAUGUGUGUAGGAACCCGGCCAUAACAUAGAACAGACCUGUUUUCUACACAACUUGACAUACUUGUGCAUGGUUGACAUACACUUGACUAUUCCAAGAAUGUGACUAGGCAGCUCCUGUGUGUACUGAAGGAGGACUGUACUUUGUUCUCAGGAUAACUCACUCUUGCUCUGCUGAGGCCUUAUUUCUAGACUGUCUCAUUUACACUUACAGAUUCAAGCCUCUGACUACUACAUUAUUUCUGCUAGGGUAAGCUAUAGCCAAGCAUUUACAGGAGGAAAUAUGUAUCGUCAGAAAUACUUUCCUGUUCUCCCUCAUACUAGUUCAUAUAUUAUAAUGAUAUCUCUGAAACUGUAAGUAUAGGCAAUUUAUAUUAUUCAUGAAUUUUAAUAAGGAUGCUUGUUACUACAAUACUUAUUAUUAAAGGGGAUUGGGAGUGAUGGGGUUAACUGUUGGCUGGAUGAACCUGAGAUGUCAACAUAAAAAUGUCUGAAUGAGGGCUGGAGAGAUGGCUCAGAGGUUAAAAGCACUGGUUGCUCUUCCAGAGGUCCUGAGUUCAAUUCCCAGCAACUACAUGGUGGCUCACAACCAUCUGUAAUUCGAUCUUGUGCCCUCUUCUGGCAUUCAGGCAUAUAUGUAGGCAAAACACUGUAUACAUAAUAAAUAAAUCUUUAAAAAAAAAAAUGUCUGAAUGGAAAAAAUUCCUCUCCUACUGCAGAGACAAGGAAAUUAGCAAGUAGUUAGUAAAGAACAUUAUUUCAGCAUAACACAGUCAAACUAUAUGUAAACAUUUUUAUGAUGUGGAGUCUACUUAAUAAUACAACAGCUGUUAUUCUUCAUGGCAAGGACAAAUGCAGAGUUAAAAUGUUACUUGAGGGUGCCGGGCAGAUGGCUUAGUGGGUAAGAACACCCACUUUGGAAGCCUGACCACAUGAGUUGGAUCCUUGGAACUCACAUGAAAAGCUGACUGCAGGAGCAUGCCUCUGUAACCGUAGCACUACUAAGGCAGAAACAAGGGAGACGCCCAGAAAUUUGUAGACCAGCUAGCAUACAGCACAGCAGCUGAGUUGUCCUCUGAUGCACACACACACACACACACACGCACACCCCCCAUCUGAACUAUUCCUGCUUCUCAAAGCAAGCCACACAGCCAUAUAGGUACUUCUUCACCUGUGUAGAGAAGCAGAAAGUCCGACCAGCACCUUGUUUUGAAGGACA